UCGCGGGCGUGGACAGCAGCCGCGCUUCAAUACCUGUUGCCACCUUUUGGAUAUGGAAAUAUUUCAAGGAUCGACAUUGUCUUGUAAACGUUUUCCCAGAAAAAUAGCUUUAUGUGCAAGCACAAUGGCAAGCCUUUAAAAAAAAAUUAUUAAAUUAAUUGCACGUUAAUUCAAGUUUUUAAUUUAAGGUUAAGCAUUUUGUGCAGAACUUGUCACCGCAUAGAUGUGACUAUUUAGUCAUAGUCAUACAUGAUUUAUCGAAAUUAAUUUAGUUAAAGUACAGCUUCAUGAAAAGACACCUCAGCAUUUUCAUUAACAUGGAAUAGCUGAAGAAUUUCGCGAGAGGAGGUGGUAAACGCGCGUGCGUCUCCGUCGUUUCCAUGGUAACCUUUACACAGACAACCGCUAGACUGGUAUCUAGCUAGCUAGGAAACGCUCAGAAUUGAACAGGUUUUAAGGGAAAUACGAAGAAUACAACAUAAAGCGAUGCCAGUCCCUCAGAAACCUGGAACAGUGCGAACCAAACAGGGAUCAAAUGCUUAUUCCCAGUCGAAGACGCCUGCUGUGAAGGGUGCUAAAGUCGCGAGCAAGAGGAAGGACGACGAAGACGGCACAGAUAUAGGCGACGGGGGAGACGAGUGGGCGCAGGGGAAGACGAUGGUGAAGCCCCCAGAUCAGUUGGACCUAUCCGAGGCUGAGCUGAAAGAAGAAUUUACGAGGAUACUGACGGCUAAUAAUCCCCAUGCUCCACAGAAUAUUGUCAGAUACAGCUUUAAAGAACGCUCCUAUAAACAAAUCAGCAGUGUGGACCAGUUGGCCAUUCACUUUGUGCUGGAGGGCAACCUUUUGCACAAGGACUCUGAUGAAGCUCGGAGGCAGAGGGCAAGGGAUGGAAUUCCAGAAGAGAAAACAGCUGAAGUCGUCUCCUUAGCAGAUACUGAGGAUACAGAAGACACUCCGGCAGAUGGUGCUGAAGACGCAGGUGACACAGAGGAGGGCGCUGGUGAGGAAAGGCCCGACAGCCUGGAGAUCAGCUUGGGGAAGAAGGAGCGGAAACUCACCAACCAGUUCAACUUCAGCGAGCGAGCUUCCCAGACCAUGAACAACCCUAUGAGAGAAAGAGAAUGUCAAACUGAACCUCCUCCUCGUGGCAAAUUUUCUGCUACAGCUAAUCAGUGGGAGAUCUAUGAUGCAUAUGUGGAGGAGCGCCGCAAACAAGAGAAGGUUAAGGAGAAACAGAAGGUCCUCUCCUCUAAAAAGGAAGAGGACAAAGGCAAAAAGAAGCUACAGCUGGUGGAGAAUCAGAGUGAUGACAUUACCAAAGUGGCAAAGGUGGCCAAGAUCAUUGAGCGCAUGGUGACACAGAACACCUUUGAUGACAUCGCUCAGGAUUUUAAGUAUUUUGAGGACGCAUCAGAUGAGUUCAGAGAUCAGGAGGGGACACUGCUCCCCUUGUGGAAGUUCCAGCAUGACAAAGCCAAGCGCCUGUCGGUGACUGCCCUCUGCUGGAACCAAAAAUACAAAGACUUGUUUGCUGUUGGACUUGGCUCAUAUGAGUUUACGAGGCAGGGGCAAGGCAUGCUUCUGUUCUACUCCCUCAAGAACGCCACCUUCCCGGAGUACAUCUUCUCCACCAUGUCCGGGGUCAUGUGCCUGGACAUCCACAAGCAGCUCUCCUACCUGGUGGCGGUGGGCUUUUACGAUGGCUGCGUGGCCAUCUACAACCUGAAGGAACAGGGGCCACAGCCGGUCUACAGGAGCACAGCCAGGUCGGGCAAGCACACAGAUCCCGUGUGGCAGGUAAAGUGGCAGAAAGAUGACACGGACAACAAUCAUAAUUUCUUUUCAGUUUCCUCUGACGGCCGUGUGGUGUCGUGGACUCUUGUGAAGAAUGAGCUCAUGUUCACAGAUAUCAUUAAGCUUUCUACAGAAGGGCCUGUUUCUGAUGGAAAAGAGGGCAUGCAGCUUCCUGCCAUGGCCUGUGGAACCUCUCUUGAUUUCCAUAAGCAAAUUGACUAUCUUUUCCUAGUUGGCACUGAAGAAGGCAAGAUUCACAAGUGUUCCAAAUCCUACUCCAGCCAGUUCCUGGAGACGUACGUUGCACACAACAUGGCAGUCGAUGCUGUGAAGUGGAACCACUUCCAUCCUAAAGUCUUCAUGUCCUGCAGCUCGGAUUGGACCGUCAAGAUCUGGGACCACACCAUCAAGAGCCCGGUAUUCACCUUUGACUUGAACGCAGCUGUGGGGGAUGUGGCCUGGUCACCGUACUCCGCUACCGUGUUUGCCGCUGUCACCACGGACGGAAAGGUCCAUGUGUUUGACCUCCACAUCAACAAAUACGAAGCUAUUUGCCAGCAGGCGGUGGUGGCAAAGAAGACCAAGCUAACUCACAUCGAGUUUAACCCUGCAUAUCCCAUCAUCAUCGUGGGUGACGACCGGGGAUACGUCACCAGCCUGAAGCUCUCUCCCAACCUCCGCAAGAAGCCCAAGGAGAAAAAGGGUCAGGAGUUGCCAAAGGGCCCAGAGGUGGAGGUUGCUAAGAUGGAGAAACUGUUAAGUUUGCUGAGGGAACCUGAGACUGUUCCACAGGACUAAGACCUUCCAAGUCCUCCAGCCCUCUACAUGCGUUCUUUUAUCUUUGUGCCACGAACUGCCACGGUUUGUAGAUCCACGCAACAAGGUAUCUGCAGUGAAGACUUCUUUGAGAAUUGAAGAAGAGAUUUCAAAGACAAUUUCUGUCUUCGGAAAUAUUUAUUAAAGUCAAUCAUCACUUUUAAACCACUGGUUCAUUUCCUGACUGAUAUGCUGUGGAUAAGAUGCAAAUGAGAUGAGAAGAAGAUAUUUGUUUACGGGUUCCUCAGGCUCUUUGAAUAAGCAAGCAAUGACAGAAGGGAAAGAAAUCCCCCCCAAACACUCAUUUGAUAUUAAAAUGCAUCAUUCACACACAAACACUACAAGGGCAGCACCCAUUCAAGACCCAACUGCAUGUUUCAUUAUUAGCACAGUAUUGAUUGCUAGUUGGUUCGCUGCAGGUUUGCAGCCCUAGAAAAGUGUGGGUUGAUUGCAGCUCUGGCAGACAUGACUGGACCCUAGUGAAGAGCACAACGAGAGUCUCUUUACUUUUAUAUAAACCACUCAGCAGAGUGCUACUGUACCAAAGAGCUCAGACAUCAGAGACUAGCCCACUCCAGGCUGCCCAUGCUGAGCCUGCAUGCUCUUCAGGGUUUUAAGUGUCUCACUUGGAGCCCCAGCUGCAAGAGCCUCCGUCACAGAAAGACGUCUCAUUUUCUCUGAGCCCGGAUGAUCUCCUGGGGGAAGUGAGGAUACCGAUGGGAUGUGGAGAUCAUUACAUACAGUGCAGUGGUGAACAGUCCCCACCGCCAACCUUCGCUUCUCUCAUAUGGAGUUCCAGCAUGUCAAAUUUCAAGCUGACCACUUUGUUCAGGCCCACUACGCCAGACCCAUUCCAUUUCUGCAGCUAACGAUCCCCAGGACCACAACCCCCAGGACAUCUUGUUCGGCUUCCGGGUUGCCUGCCGACGCUC